GAAAGAGCAGGAGCUAGGGUCCAGAGAGAACCCCCGCUCCCAUCCCAAUAGUUGAGAAGAUCCAGAAGUUUGGAGGGAGGGGAGGAGGGAAGGAGGUGUGGGGUCACCUUUGGGACUCGACCCUACAGCUCCAGGAAAGGCCAGAUGUCCUCAUCACCGAGCUGAGAAGCUGAGGAGAGCCAAGUCGCAGCCAUGGAGAAAUCGAGACAGCAGUGGCGCAACCCCCUGCAGUUCCUGCUGGCCUGCAUCUCCUACGCCGUGAGCCUGGGCAACGUGUGGCGCUUCCCCUACCUGUGCCAGAUGUAUGGAGGAGGUAGUUUUCUGGUCCCCUAUGUGAUCAUGCUCCUCCUGGAGGGAAUGCCGCUCAUGUACCUGGAGCUAGCCGUCGGACAGCAUAUGCGUCAAGGAAGCAUCGGAGCCUGGAGGACCAUCAGCCCCUACCUCGGUGGUGUUGGCAUCGCUAGCAUGGUGGUCACGUUCUUCGUCUCCAUGUAUUACAACAUCAUCAAUGCCUGGGGAUUCUGGUACCUCUUCCACUCCUUCCAGGACCCCCUGCCGUGGUCCGUGUGCCCGCUGAAUGGAAACCGCACAGGCUACGAGGAGGAGUGUGAGAAGGCCUCAUCCACGCAGUAUUUCUGGUACAGGAAAACCCUCAACAUCUCGCCGUCCAUCCAGGAGAACGGGGCCAUGCAGUGGGAGCCUGCGCUGUGCCUCAUCCUGGCCUGGCUGAUGGUGUAUCUGUGCAUCCUGCGGGGCACUGAAUCUACUGGCAAGGUCUUCUAUUUGACCGCCUCACUGCCCUCCUGCGUGCUCCUCAUCUACCUAGUCAGGGGCCUCAUGCUCCACGGAGCCAUCAACGGCCUGCUGUAUCUGUUCACUCCCAAGAUUGAGCAACUGGUCAACCCCAAGGCCUGGAUCAACGCAGCCACACAAGUCUUCUUCUCUCUGGGCCUGGGGUUUGGUAGCCUCAUCGCCUUUGCAAGCUACAACGACCCCGCCAACAACUGCCAGAAACACGCCAUCAUCGUGUCCCUCAUCAACGGCUCUACCUCCAUCUUCGCCAGCAUCGUGACCUUCGCCAUCUACGGUUUCAAGGCCACCUUCAACUAUGAGGAUUGCCUAAGCAAGGUGAUUUUACUGCUGACCAAUUCUUUUGACCUUGAAGAUGGCUCUCUGACAGCCAGCAACCUAGAGCAAGUGAAGAACUACCUUGCCUCCACUUACCCAAGCAAAUACAGCCAAGUGUUCCCACACAUGAAGAACUGCAGCUUAGAGUCGGAGCUGGACACGGCUGUCCAGGGCACAGGCCUGGCCUUCAUCGUCUAUACGGAGGCCAUUAAAAACAUGGACAUGUCCCAGCUGUGGUCCGUGCUCUUCUUCUUCAUGCUGUUGAUGCUGGGCAUAGGGAGCAUGCUGGGAAACGCAACAGCCAUCAUCACCCCCCUGACGGACAGCCAGGUCAUUUCCAGACAUCUGCCCAAGGAGGUCAUCUCAGGUCUGGUGUGCUUCAUCAACUGUGCCGUCGGCCUGGUGUUCACCAUGGAGGCGGGGAGCUACUGGUUUGACAUGUUCAAUGACUACUCGGCCACGCUGUCUGUGCUGCUCAUCGCCCUGGUGGAAACCAUCGCCGUGUGCUACGUGUACGGGUUGAGGAGAUUUGAAAGUGACCUGCAGGCCGCCACGGGCUUCGCGCUCAACUGGUACUGGAAGGCCACGUGGGCCUGCGUGACCCCGCUGCUCAUCGUCGGCCUCUUUCUCUUUUACCUGAGUGACUACAUCCUCACGGGGACCCUACAGUACCAAGCUUGGGAUGCCAUGCAGGGGCAGCUGGUGAGCAAGGAUUAUCCCCCGCACGCACUGGCUAUCAUCGGGCUGCUGGUGGCCUCCUCCGCUAUGUGUAUCCCGCUGGGGGCCCUAGGGACUUGGGUCAUGCACCGAUUCAAGAGGGGAGACCAGAGUCAGGGAUCGCUCACCCUCACACAGCUACUGCCCAGAAGUGGGUGAUCCGUGGCUGUUUUUCUUCAGAAGGAACUCAGAAGCCUGUCAGCUUCCUGUGUCUGUAAAGAAACAUGAGUUACUCUAUUUUUGAAGCUGGUAAAAAGUUACCUAGGGUCAACGUGAUGCUUUAGUCUGUCCCUUCCCUGGCCUCAUAAUUUACAUUCGUGUUGCCACAAUUCACAAUGAUAUUCACCAUCCGCAAUUACAGUGGUAAUACAAUGUGUUGCACAUAUCCACUAUGACAUAAGUUCUCUCUGGUUCUUGCAAACUUCCCAAAGAGUUGGAUCUUUCUAAAUACUCUCCUUGGGCCAACAAUAAAACCGGUCUCAAAAAAGAAA